AUGGUGCUGCUGACAAUGAUCGCUCGGUUGGCGGAUGGACUGCCGCUGGCCGCAUCAAUGCAAGAGGACGAACAGGUUCAUAUUGAUGGUUUUCCCUGUCAAUGUCAGAUAGCUAUCCAAACUAGAUAGCUAACACUAGCAAUUCAAGCUAGCUGUCGAACUAUUGGCAAAUAGCUUGUCAGAUAGCUUGCUAGCUAGCUACGUGUACAAUAUGUAUCUUAUCAUCUAUGCGGUGUCUAUCUAUGCAAGCCUACUUCAUAAUAAAACCAUAUUAUUAGCUAGUUUGCUAGCUAGUUGUUUGAUUGUGUCUAUCAUUGAUAAUUGUGUCUAUCAUUGAAAUCCAGAUGGAUUUAUUCCAGCUGUCAGACUAACAGGCAUCUAAUCAAAAUGGCCAGAUUUAAUCAGUUUAUGUGAAGUAGCUAGAGGAAGAGAUAUUUUUGUAUAUAUAGUGUAUGUGGACACCCCUUCAAAUUAGUGAAUUCGGCUAUUUCAGCCCACACGUUGCUGACAGGUGUAUAAAAUCGAGCACACAGCCAUGCGAUCUCCAUAGACAAACAUUGAUAGUAGAAUGGCCUUACUGAAGAGGUCAGUGACUUUCAACAUGGCACCGUCAUAUGAUGUCACCUUUCCAACAAGUCUAAUUUCUGCUCUGCUAGAGCUGCCCCGGUCAACUGUAAGCGCUGUUAUUGUGAAGUGGAAACGUCUAGGAGCAACAACUGCUAAGCCGUGAAAUUGUAGGCCACACAAGAUCACAGAACGGGACUGCCAAGUGUUGAACCGCGUAAAAAUCGUCUGUACUCGGUUGCAACACUCACUACAGAGUUCCAAACUGCCUCUGGAAGCAAUGUCAGCACAAUAACUGUUUGUCGGGAGCUUCAUGAAAUGGUUUCCAUUGCCGAGCAGCUGCACACAAGCCUAAGAUCACCAUCCGCAAUGCCAAGUGUCGGCUGGAGUGGUGUAAAGCUCACCACCGUUGGACUCUGGAGCAGUGAAAACGUGUUCUCUGGAGUGAUGAAUCACGCUUCACCAUCUGGCAGUCCGCCGGACGAAUAUGGGUUUGGUGGAUGCCUUGAGAACGCUACCUGCCCCAAUGCAUAGUGCCAACUGUAAAGUUUGGUGGGGGAGGAAUAAUGGUCUGGGGCUGUUUUUCAUGGUUCAGGCUAAGCCCCUUAGUUCCAGUGACGGGAAAUCUUAACGCUACAGCCUACAAUGACAUUCUAGACGAUUCUGUGCUUCCAGAUUUGUGGCAACAGUUUGGGGAAGGCCCUUUCCUGUUUCAGCAUGACAAUGCCCCAGUGCACAAAGCGAGGUCCAUACAGAAAUGGUUUGUCGUGAUCGGUGUGGAAGAACUUGACUGGCCUGCACAGAGCCCUGACCUCAACCCCACCGAACACCUUUGGGAUGAAUUGUAACGCUGACUGCGAGCCAGGCCUAAUCGCCCAGAAUCAGUGCCCGAUCUCAAUAAUGCUCUUGUAGCAGAAUGGAAGCAAUGUUCCAACAUCUAGUGGAAAGCCUUCCCAGAAGAGUGGAGGCUGUUAUAGCAGCAAAGGGGGGACCAACUCCAUAUUAAUGCCCAUGAUUUUGGAAUGAGAUGUUCGACGAGCAGGUGUCCACAUACUUUUGGCAAUGUAGUGUAGCUACUAAUGAGUCAAAGACCAAUGCUCAAUGCAGAACAGCCAUUUGUAUACUAUGCUGAAUGAUGUUGUGAUACUGUAUCUGUAUCCAACUUGUAAAUCGCUCUGGAUUAGAGCAUCUGCUAAAUGACGAAAAUAUAAAAUGUAUCUCCUCUGGUUAAUCAAAUCGCUAAGUCCAUUGAGUAAAUUCUGCUCCCUUUAGUUAAUUUGCAAUUCGUGAUGGUCUACUGUACUCCCGUGUACAAUUGUUCAUCAAAAACUGAAUUCAUCCUUGUAACUUUCUUAUAGUUGUAGUGAAUCAGGCAGCAAUGUAUUUCUAGGACGUGUAGUAUUUAUGAGUUGCAGUAGGCUACAUAUGAGUCUUGCCACCUGCUUGAUGAACUUUAACACGUUUCCCUUGCUUUCCUAUCUGCUCUCCCAAAGGGAAGUGAGAAGGUUGGUCUCUUCUCUGCACUGUAACCAAUGCUUGGACAUCAUACAUAUUGUACCUGUGUGUUACUGUGUUUACCAUACCCAGACCAUCCGCUUCUUUGUCAAUAACAUUUAUAUUGAUCCCAAUCAUUGGUUCAGUGUCCUCUUAAAUCUGCUUGGUUGUUUAAUCUUGCUCUGUCCUGUGUUUAGUUGGGUCGAGACCUGCAACAGUACCAGAGCCAGGCUAAACAGCUGUUUAGGAAACUCAAUGACCAGAGUCCCACACGUUGCACAUUAGAGGCUGGCUCCAUGUCCUUCCAGUGAGUUCAAACCAGUUAGGGGAAAGACGCCACACUCGCAAAUCAUAAUUAACACACCAUUCUUAAAUGUAAUGACAUGCACUAAUAUGCAGGUAUCCACUGACCUUUAUGUGUCUCAGACACUGACUCUCAUGUUUCCCUUAUGUUUCUCCCAACAGCUACGUCAUAGAAAAAGGAGUAGUCUACCUAGUGCUGUCUGAAGCAAGCUUUCCCAAAAAACUUGCCUUUGCUUACCUGGAAGACCUGCAGGCAGAGUUCCAUGAACAGCACGGGAAGAAAGUCCCCACUGUGUCUCGACCGUACUCCUUCAUUGAGUUUGGUGAGAUUAAAUAAAAUAUAUUAUCAUUAGAAUCCCUACUAACAACCCAACGUUGUUUAAAGGUCCAAUGCAGCCGUUUUUAUCUCAAUAUUAAAUUAUUUCUGGGUAACAAUUAACGACCUUAUUCUGUUUUCAAUUAAAAUUGUCAAAAAUAAACUAAAAUGGCUUCUUAGCAAAGAGCAAUUUCUCAAGCAAGGAUUUUGCUUGGACUGUCUGGAGGUGGUCUGAGUUGGGAGGGGAAAAAUCUAAACUAGCUGUUAUUGGCAGAGAGGUUUGGAACUCUCUUUCUUAUUGGUCUAUUAACUAAUUUACCACCUGGUGAUGUCACCAGGCAGGCCAAAACUGCAUCCCACCACAACAGGCGGACAUUUCAGGCAGUCUUUUCAAACAGCUCGUACACUAAAAUGGCAUUAUCAUACUUUUCUGAAUUGUACAGUAGUAUUCCAACCUCGUAGUGUGGAUAUAUAUGUAAAACACAGGAAAAUCAUGUUUUUGACUGCAAUGGACCUUUAAUAGGAAACCCUAGCAUGAAAUUAUAAAAAAAUAUGCCAUAAAAUCCUGCAACGUUUUCCUCUCUGUCGACAGACACCUACAUUCAGAAGACCAAGAAGUCGUACAUAGACAGCCGAGCCCGUAGGAACCUGGGCAGCAUCAACACAGAGCUGCAGGACGUCCAGAGGAUCAUGGUGGCCAACAUUGAGGAAGUGUUGCAACGAGGGGAGGCCUUGUCUGGUAAUGUCUGUUUACUCGUCCUUCUCAUAGAUUUACAGUGAUAAUGGAUAAUGUAGGUCAGGGGUAGUCAACUACUAUUGGAGAAGGUCUGGUACACAAAUUUCCUAAGUGGCAAAGGUCCGGAUGGAUAUUGUUAUUUAUCGGCAUAGUAACAAUCCCCACCGCGCAACCCAUCAGUUUCAAAACUGUUCAAAAUGUUCACACCCCUCUUGUUGUCGAAGACAACCGAAGUUUGCUAACUUGCAAGAUCAAACUUCUUGGUAACAGCAGAGACCAUCAAUCCACUCCUGGAUCAAGUUCCCUGCUGCCUAAAUGUGUUUUGUUUGUCAAUUAUUAUUAUUACGUUUUAUUUUUUUGUGGAAAGAAAUAGUGCCCCUUGGCAUAUACCGCAGUAUGGUACAGGAACGGAAUGAAGGUAUGACAAUCUUGAUACUGCCCAACCCUACUAUCUAAGGUCUGUCAGUGAAUGACAUAACAAGAGGAAAACUUCCCAUGCACUACCAAAUUUCAAAAUUGCACCUUGUGCAUUCUACUAUUAUAACUCUCAACAGCAGUAAGUUGGUUCGUGGUCCGUAUUGACCCUGUUCUGUGUCCGGAUCCGGACCGUGGUCCGCCAGUUGAGUAUGGCUGAUGUAGGUCCUCGAUGUAUAACUGAAACACCUCUAUUACACAAACCUUUAUCUAUGAUUCUCUGAUGUCUAACUUGGGCAGGGCUUAUUGCAUGAAUUAGCAUGAAUGCACAUCAUUGCAGCAAAACACAUUGUUAAAAUGUAAAUUAUGUUGGGUAGAAUUCACUAGAUUAACUAAUAAAAGGGAUUGCCACUUCUCAGCUGCAUACUGUUUGUCAAGCUCUGACAAUAAAGAAUAGUGCUUAAGUCACAAGAGGAAGCAGAUGCCAUUCUCACUUGUGUUAAAUGAGGAUUUGUUCUGGUUUCUGUUCCCUCUCUUUGCUCACCUGAAUCCACUCACAUCACAUCCAGCUCUGGACUCCAAGGCCAGUAAUCUGUCCAGCCUGUCAAAGAAGUACAGAAGUGAUGCCAAGUACCUGAACACUCGCUCCACCUACGCUAAGCUGGCCGCCGGAGGGGUCUUCCUUAUGCUCAUUGUCUACGUCCGCUUCUGGUGGCUCUGAGAGAGGAGAGGAGAGGAGACAGGAGGGGUUGGAGAAGAAGAGCUGAUAGAAGUUUAGCUGUGGUCUCACAUUCCAUCCAAUAUGGGAUCCCUCCUUUUAACACAAGACUGUUGAAGUAGACACACACCGACACCGCAUGUUAUUUUUCCAACUGUCUGUCCAUAGAUCUAUCAUGUAAUUACAAAUGUUAUGUUUUAUUAACAAUUACACAGUCAUCCUGUAGUGGUUAUGCCUUGGAGUUGAAAGAGUGUGAGUGCUUGUAUUGCGUGUGACAGAGGAAAUUGUAUUUUCCUGUGUGUGAGUGUGUGUUACCAAAACCUGUAUGAUAACAACUCUUCUCUUAUCGAUUUAAUCGUGUAUACUGUAUAGCAGUACAGAAAAAAUCUACAUAAUUCUAUUUACCCAGAGGACAUCAUAAGGGCUUUGGCAUUUAAUAACACUACUAUUAUUAUGUUGGUAUAGUGGUUUGGUGGAGAUUUCUUAAAUGUUAACCUGCUAUACUGUGGUGAUCAAUCACAUUACCUGUGGUAUUGGCUGCAGAAAUAAUAUUUCUCAUUCACCUUCAUCUCCACACUGAGUGAGUGGACCAGUUUUACACCAGACACAUUCAUUGGAUGACGUCUAAAGGGUUCAUUUCUUUUAUUUUGUAAAAGGUUUACACAAGUGAAGGCUAGAUGUGAAAAAUAUUUUUAUCUAGAUGAGAAUGAUAGCUGGCUUAUGCUAAUUGUGUCAGGGUUAAUGAAUUUCAACUUAACUGUUUCAUCUACUAUGAAUAAAGUGAUUUGCACAAAAGUAUUUGAUUUCUACUGGAGAAUUCAAACUUGCUCACAAAUCUGGAUCAAUAUACAUAAGUGGAGGCUGCUGAGGGGAGGACGGCUCAUAAUAAUGGCUGGAAUGGAGUUCAU